AUGGGCCAGCUUCCAGACCCUAGGGAUGCGGCCCUGGGUGAGUCUCAGAUCUGCUAUAUCCUGGACGCUAUCUUGUUUCUGUACGGUAUCAUCCUCACCGUGCUCUACUGCAGGCUCAAGAAACCGGAGGAGGGUAUCUAUACGGGUCUGACCCCUCGUGCUGCGGAUACCUAUGAGACCAUCGUCGCUGUGGUGCAGGGGGACUUUGUGGAGCCCUCUCCCUCGUACUCCUUGAACUCCCUGGCUGAGGCUGAGACCCAGCUGCCCUGCAAGUUCAAGGUGGAAGUGGGCCAGGUGGUGGUUCAGGUCACCUGGACCAAGGAGAAAGCAGAUGGCACCAAGGACCAGAUCAUCACAGUGCACCACACCGACGGACACACAGAGUUUGGUCAGUACUCAGGGCGUGUGCGGUUCAGCAGCAGGAAACCCACCGUGGACUCAUCCCUGAUCAUCAUGAACACUGUGGAGUCAGAUGAGGGCAGGUACAACUGUCACAUCAGCACCUUCCCCUCGGGGAACUUCGAACGACAGCUGUCACUCACUGUGUGGACCACGCCCAUCUCCUCCCUGGACCCUGUGAUCCUUGUCGAAGGCCAGUCCUUCCAAUUGGCUGCGUCCUGCCGCUCUGUGGCCCGCCCUCCGCCCCACCUCUCCUGGGACACAGACCUAACAGGCCAAUCACACAACAGGAGUUUGGAGGGUGGUUCAGUCUCCACCCACUUCUCGCUGCAUCCCCUGAGGAGUAUGGAUGGGAAGAGGCUGGACUGUCUGGUGGAGCACCCGGCUCUGAAGGGACCACGCAGGAUCACCAACAACCUGGUGGUGCACUAUCCUCCCAAUGCAGAGAUCUCUGGGUUUGAUCAGAACUGGUAUGCUGGUCUGGAGGAAGCUGCCCUCAGUUGUGUCAGUGGAGGAAACCCCAAACCACAGAGUUUCAAUUGGACCAGAAAGGGCGGAGACUUGCCAGAGGGCGUGACCACAGGGAAUGGAUCCUUGCUGUUUAAUAGGCCCCUCGUCCUGACGGACGCUGGCAUCUACCAAUGUGUGGCCAUGAACUCUGUGGGGGCGGGUAACGCAGAGGUGGAGAUCACUGUGACAGAGUUGCCUCAGAAGCAGGCGUCGUUCGACAGUCUCCUGAUGGUAAUAGUGGGAGGAGUGGCCGGAGUACUGCUUCUAGUCAUGAUCAUCAUAGUCAUCUCUGUGACCCGUCACCACAAACGCAAGAACAAGAAACUGUCAAGGGAACUCACUACAGAGGAGAAUAUCCCUCUCAGAGUGGAGGGGACACUGCGGACCAGUCUGUCCUCCGUAGUGGAGCAAGGGCGCAUUAGGGAGAGUCGAUCUACUCUGGUAGGGGGCGGGGGGCUAGACUACCUGGGUCGACCUGUUCUGUACAAUUCUUCACGAAGAGGGAGGGAGAGCAGAGCCAUGGACAGAGAGGAGGAGAACAGACUUAGGGUGGAGUCAAAUGAGCAGAAUAGCACCAUGUCUUUGUCCAUCGAGCUGCUGAGGUCCCUGAACGGCAGUGCCAUCAUCCCAACGGAGUGGGGUUUACAUAUACGGCAGGGGCCCGGUAGCAGGAACACCCACUCCCCUCUCAGUUGCAACAACCCUCCCAUCACAGACAACGAAGACGAGGAGGAUGAAGGUGUGGAGGGGGAGUGGGAGACUUGCCCCAGGAUGAGUCCGUUGGAUCAGGGGAGGUCAGAAGACCAGGACAGCAAGACCAACAGUUCUCAGAUCUCAGAAGUAGAAUGUGGACUCAACCCUCACUUCCAGCAGAACAAUGGAACGUUGAGACCCAAACCGCCCCCCAAGUACCGGCCCAAUGGCAUCCUCCUCACCUCAUCACCACACACCUCCUUCAUCCACAAGGCCCAGAUUGUAUAG